AUGGCCUCGCAUCGAGUCCUGCAAUACGUCGCAGGGGCAAAAAAGAAGCCCCCGACGGUCUACCUGCAUUGCCACGUCAAGCCCGGCGCAAGCAAGGUGCGGGAGGGCAUCACCGCCUUGACUGAUAGCACCAUUGAGCUCUGCGUGUCUGCAGUGCCCAAGGACGGCGAGUCCAACAAGGCUGUCCUGGCCGUCUUGAGCGAAGCACUUGACGUCCCAAAAUCAGAUUUGCAAAUCACUCGAGGCGCCAAAUCUAGAGAUAAGGUUAUCGCUCUUGCUGGCAAGGCUGUCCAAGAUGGCGAGACGGAAUGCGUCAGCCGGCUCUUGAAGCGACUGGACGAUGCGAUCGCUUCCAACAACUCUUAG